AUGCGGCCAUUGAUUGACGACUGUUUGAAUACAUUGGUAAACAAUUUGGACCGACUUUCAAGCGAUGAGUCAAAUGCUGAACGCGUGCUCGAUAUGAAGCGGGUGUUCGGCGCCUACACUAUGGAAGUCAUAAUACAAGUGGCUUUUGGCACUAAAGUGGACGCACUUAUCGAUGAAAGCCAUCCCAUUAUAGUGAACGCCAAGAAACUAAUGUCCAGAAACUUCCGGUUAUGGGAGUUGCCGAAGAUCUUGGUUGUAAUAUUGUUACCAAAAGUUGCUAAACUGUUUGGCCUGACUUUGAUGCCCCGGGAUAUCACACAGUUUUUCACUGACAUCUGCACCAAAAUUAUCGCUGAGCGCAGGGCUAGUAAGGGGUCCGGGGAUAAGAGAUACGACUUUUUGCAGCUCAUGUUGGAUGCAAACGAUAAAAAUAAAGAGACCGAAGAUAAUAGUGACUUGAAUUCAGAAACAAAUGCUGAUAAAUCUGAAUUAACUACUGAUGAACAUCCCGGCGCUAUACAGACACAUAAUAAAGGUAUGUCCGACGCGGAAAUGAUAUCUCAAUGCGUGCUGUUUUUUAUGGCCGGGUAUGAGACCACAGCCACAACCAUAUCAUACGCCACAUACCUAUUGGCAAAAAAUACGACUUCACAGGAAAGGCUGUUUGAAGAAUCAAAAAGGAUUUUUGAGUCAAAAUCGGACAUCGAUUACGACGCUAUCGAAAGGCUUGAGUACCUGAAUGGUGUAGUGAUGGAGACCUUACGCCUAUACCCACCGGCACUGGCACUGGAAAGGGAGGCGUCGACUGAUACAGUACUGGCCGGUGAUGAGGAGACCAUCAAACUAUUCAAAGGAGAUAUAUUUCAAGUACCCAUUUAUGUGCUGCAUAUGGAUCGCCAGUAUUUCGACGAUCCCUAUGCCUUCAAACCGGAAAGAUUUUUGCCA